AACCUCAUCGUGAAAGAUGUCACAGACACGUUCAAACGACCCCUCUCGUAAAGGGCUCGUACAGAAGAACCGCUUGAUAUCGCCAAUUAUAACGGUUGUCCGCCGCUUUGGUACGAAGAUGGCAAUGUUGUGCUCGUUGUAGAGGGCUCCCCCCUCCGGGUGCACCGGCCGAUACUUUCUCAACAAUCUACAGUCUUCCGCGAUAUGUUCGAGCUCGCCCAGGCGACUAGCACGGAUAUCAUUGAAGGAUGCCCAAUUGUUCAUAUGCCAGAUUCUGUUCAUGAUCUGACAUAUUUCAUCACAGCGUUGUAUUCUGGCUGAAAUGAGCCCUACUUUAGGACAGGUUGUUCCGCACCUCUUGAUCAAGUCGCAGCCUUUCUCAACUUAGGUCGAAAAUAUGAUGUUCAGUACCUCGUUGAAGAGGCUCUGCGUCGUUUGGAAAUUGACUGCCCAACCUCAUUCACCAAAUUCAAGAAAAUGCGAGGUCUUCCGCAGCCGGCGAUUGAAGAAUUUAACACCGGGGGAAAAUACAUUGCGAUUCUAAAUCUCGCGCGAGAGCAUAACCUCACCGACAUCUUACCUUGGUGCCUUUAUGCAUGCGCUCAGCUUUCAUGGGAGACCUUGGUUCAAGGAGUAAUUACACCUCGUGGACAAAAGGAGAAGCUCAGCGAGGAUGAUCUUGUCAGGUGUUUGAAGGGGAGGGAAGAACUCAUCUGUGACUCCAUUCAUUCAGCAAACACUUUCAAUGAUGAAGAAACUGCUUGUUUCGGCGGUGAUUGCGCAAAUAUUCUAGACCAAAUGGUGGAUAUCUGUAUAUCCGCAAAGGAAUUCAUCAAUCCUGAUCCUCUGGGGAUCACGGCUGAUGGAUACCAGCUGAAAAAUAAGCAUCUUUGCAGGAAGUGUGUGGAGCAUUUCACCAAACUGCCAGAAAUUGAUCGGAAGGUUACUUUCGAAAAGCUGCCAAAAUACUUUGGCCUAACUCACUGA